AUGUGAACUUAUUACCACCUUUUUUACCAUCAAAUGAAAGUGUACCUGCAGUUGAAUGUUACCAAGUCUGUAAGAAACUCCAAACUGUCCAUUCUUUUAAAGCCCCCGGACCUGACAAUAUUUCACCUCGAAUUUUAAAGGAGUAUGCUCACGUGCUAGCUGAGCCGAUCACCAUUAUUUUUAAUACAUCCCUUGCUUCAGGAGUUGUGCCGAGUAGUUGGAAGGAAUCGAACAUAGUCCCAAUCCCUAAAACAUGUAAACCGAUUGCUGAAGCCGACACUAGGCCUAUAUCACUAACAUCGUGCUUGUCUAAAGUUUUAGAGGAUUUUGUAGUAUCUUGGCUGAUUGAGGAUGUAAAAGAAAAAAUCGACCCCAGCCAAUUUGGUUGCCUGAAAGGGACAUCCACCACUUUUUGCCUUCUGGAUAUGUUACAUACUUGGCUUUCCCACCUUGACGGACUCGGUAAUCAUCUGCGUAUUUGUUUCCUAGACUUUUCCAAGGCCUUCGACCGCAUAGGUUAUAAUCUAUUAAUUGAGAAACUGAUAAAUUUGGGUGCUAGACGCUCAUUAAUCCCUUGGAUCAUCAACUUCCUCUCAAAUCGAAGGCAGCGAGUUAAAUUUGACGGAGCAACCUCCGACUGGCUACCAGUGAAUGCAGGUGUUCCUCAGGGGACAAAACUAGGUCCAAUCUUGUUCCUAGUAAUGGUCAAUAACCUGCGAAUCACUUCUCCCGACACUAGAAUGUGGAAAUACGUAGACGACGUUUCAACCUCUGAGAGUCUUAGCAGAAAUUGCACCUCUAUCACUCAAUCAACCCUUAAUUCAGUUCAGUUGUGGGCUUCCGAUAAUUGGAUGAAACUUAAUAUAAAAAAAUGCAAAGAGCUUCGUGUUAGUUUCCUUGGAGAAACCCCCCAAUUAAUGCCUCUGGUAAUCGAUGGACACCCAAUUGAGACAGUGCGUUCACAUAAAGUACUGGGACUCACGAUCCAAAACAACCUGAAAUGGGAUGAACAUAUCCAUGAAAUAGUCUCGAAGGCAUCCAAACGAUUGCAUAUCCUCCGGGUGUUGCGCCGAAGUGGUAUUCCUCCUGCAGACCUUCUCACUGUGUAUAUUGCGUUAAUACGCUCAAUCCUUGAAUACUCUUGUGAAGUUUGGCACAACUCUAUCUCAUGCUAUUUAUCUGACAAACUUGAAAAAAUCCAAAAGCGAGCCUUGCGUAUUGUAUACCCUGAACAAACUUACAAAGAUGCUUUGCUGUCGGCUGGUAUCACCAAAUUGGAGACUAGACGUGAAGACCUAU